AUGUCCUUACCACCAAGCGAAGAUCCCAGUCAGGAUCCCGAAGACCGUGAGAUGAUUGAGGGUGCAGCCCCUUUGAAAAGACCGCGUACCUCUUUGUCGAUGUCCCCAGUCCCAGGUAAUGCAGCUAUGCCACAGCUCCUUGGCGGUAUGCGGCUCUUGGGCCUUAUUGAUUGCCACAUUAACUUGGUUGGACUGAAUUUACGCAACAUGAAUGGAGGACCACGAACCAACGUCAUGGCCGCCGCCCGUAUGUGUGUCGGAUCCACCCUCUACAGGGGACCCUACCAAUCUGCUCUUGCUCAGACCAAUAAUCAUAACGGCCCAUACUAUAUGAUCAACUUGUGCUGUAAUUCACUCUUUAUUUCUCCUGGGGCUCGCUGCUGGCGCACUGUUGAGAUGACCCUUCGUUUUGUUGGGACGCUGAACGAGGACGCCAAACCGGUCCCCAAAGUGGCUGGAAGUGAGGGCGAAUUUUUGGUUAUAUUAAUACCUCGAGGCGUUCUUCUUUUGCCUAACCGAGAUUCCGACCUACCUUAUACUAGUCCACGCAUUCGGUUGGUUCUAGAGGAUAUGCUAGAAGGACAAUAUCUCAAUGAGGCGUCGAAAAUAUGCCAGUUUUACUUCAAGUAA